AUGACAAAGGCACGAUUCACUGAAGAACAGAGGGAUGUUGGUUGUUGUCAGCUAUUCGUCGAUAGCCUCUCCGGCCCUGCCUUGGUGUGGUUCACAAGGCUCGAACCGAGUUCAAUCGCUAACUUUGACCAGUUGUCUACGGCUUUUCUUAAGCAUUAUCGAAUUCUCAUCGAACGAGGCGUGACGAGCUUUGACCUUUGGGAGAUGACCCAAGAACCUGGCGAAUCCAUCGGCAGUUUCCUGAGCAGAUUCAAAGAAAAGCUAACGCGCGUCACCGUCUCAGAGGAUGCCGCAAUGGCAGCCUUCAGAAAGGGGUUGAUUCCCGGGUCGCCAUUACGAAAGGACCUUAACAUACGGGAGCCCAAGGACCUCGACGACGCACUACAUCGAGCCUCCAGAUUCGUGCUUCACGAAGAUGAAGACGCCCAGUUAGCCAAUAAGACAAUCGGGCAAUCGUCGCACCCCCCUAAGGCUAAAAGCCGGGACGAGCACCACGAACCUCGCAAGCAUCACGACCCUCAAGACCGAAAAAGGCCGGAAAGCAUUCGUGGAGGCAGUAGUCGCCGAUGGGGAUGGCGUGGUGGACGAUCUAACUGCGGCCGUGGCGCCGGAGGAGGACGAGGCUACAAUGGUCCGGCCAACAGAGUUCAACAGCCGGCUAACCAAGUACUGGCGAACCAUCAAGUGGAGAUGCUCCAGGCGGACGAGUUGCCUGGCCCACCCAAGCGACAGAGAGGGCAAAAUCCCGAGCGGGCCAAUUAUCCUGUCCAAGGACGAAUAACCAUGAUACUUGGCCCACCAGAGGACUGCGCCGACUCCGUCCGCGCACUAAAGAAGAGGGCGCAUCAAGUUUGCAGCCUUCAGGCAGCCCCAAGCGAACCUCCACUCUGCUCGGACCCCAUAUCGUUUACUUCGGAAGACGCCAAGGGAAUCCAACACCCCCAUUCGGACCCUUUAGUCAUCGAAGUCUCCAUGGGCGAUUUCGACGUCGAACGAGUUGUGGUCGACAAGGGAAAUACCGUCAAUGUAAUAUGCUGGCAAACGCUAGAAAAAAUGGGUGUCACGCCGGAAUAA